ACAUAAUGUCCUCAAGUCUUAAUUGUUUCAACUUUAAGCGACUUCCACCGCUGGACAAAUUAGUUUAUUUAUUCAGCCCAAAUUUCAAAAGGCAGUUACUUACUUCUGUGAACACUGCAUAACUCUGGUAAGUUUAACCAUCUCCAAGUCUCCAACUUUCAUGGAUGAAAUCCAAAUGGGUAUUUCAGAAACUGAAAACCCACAUUCCCUCUCAGGUGUCCUCUCUGAUUUCUCCGCUGAAAACCGAAAUUACCCGGAACCCAUCUAUAACCACCUCAACAUUUGUCCUAAACCACCAGGACAUAAGCCAACUGCUAUCUAUUUGCGGAAGAGAAGGCUACCUCCGUCUGGGUACUUCUAUUCAUGCCUCCAUUAUGAAGAACCAUGAAUUCUUCAACCCUGAAACUCGCGAUAAUUUUCAAGAUGUCCUUAUUUGGAACUGUCUCCUCGCAGUCUAUGCUAAAAGCAGGAAGUCAAUUGACGCAGUGAAGUUGUUUGAUGAAAUGCCUAUUAAAAAUACCGUAUCGUGGAAUACGUUGAUUUCUGGGUUUCUAACGAAUGGUGACUUUGAAAUGGGUUUUGCUCUAUUAAAACAAAUGCUUGAAUUGGAUUUUUAUCGGUUAGAUCAAGCAACUUUGACAAUAGUAUUGUCUGCUUGUGAUACACCUGAGUUUUGUAAGGUUGGUCGAAUGAUACAUGGAUUGGCUCUUUUGAAGGGAUUCGAGCGUGAAAUCACUGUAUGCAAUGCAUUGAUAACAUCAUACUUCAAAUGCAGAUGUUUUGGCCCAGGGAAGCAGGUUUUCGAUGAGAUGCUUGAAAGGAAUGUAAUUAGCUGGACAGCUGUAAUCUCAGGGCUAGCUCAAAAUCAUUUGUACGAGAAUAGUUUGCAUUUAUUCGUGAAGAUGUGUAAUGGAUAUGUUAAACCAAAUUCUUUGACUUAUUUGAGCUCGCUAGUGGCUUGUUCUGGUUUACAGGCAUUAGUGGAAGGGCGUCAAAUUCAUGGACAUGUAUGGAAGUUGGGAAUUCAGUCAGAUUUGUGCAUUGAGAGUGCACUUAUGGACAUGUAUUCAAAAUGCGGAAGUUUAGAAGAUGCAUGGCGUAUUUUUGAGUCUGCAGAGGACCUUGAUGAGGUUUCAAUGACUGUAAUCCUUGCUGGUUUUGCAAAAAAUGGUUCUGAUGAAGAAGCUAUACAGUUUUUUGUGAAAAUGGUAAAGAUGGGAAUCAAUAUUGACCCUAACAUGGUUUCAUCUAUUUUGGGGGUGUUUGGUGCAGAUACUUCUUUAGGUAUAGGUGAACAAAUUCACUCUUUAGUUAUCAAGAGAAACUUCAGUUCUAAUAUUUUUGUCAGCAAUGGGCUUAUCAACAUGUACUCUAAAUGCGGAGAUUUGGUGGAAUCGAUAAAAGUUUUUAUUCGAAUUCCUCAAAGGAACUCAAUCUCAUGGAGCUCCAUGAUUGCAGCUUUUGCACGCCAUGGUGAUGGCUUUAGAGCACUACAACUAUACGAUGAGAUGAGACUGGAGGGUGUGGAGCCAACUGACAUUACAUUUCUCUCUUUGCUUCAUGCUUGUAGCCAUGUAGGCUUGGUUGAGAAGGGCAUGGAGUUCUUGAAGUGUAUGACUGAAGUUCAUAGAAUCAUCCCCAGGUCAGAGCACUAUGCUUGUGUUGUUGACAUGCUGGGAAGGGCAGGACUUCUCAGUGAAGCUAAGAGUUUUAUUGAGGCAUUGCCUGUGAAGCCUGAUGUACUUAUUUGGCAAUCACUGCUUGGUGCUUGUAGCAUUCAUGGUGAUUCUGAACUGGGAAAAUAUGCAGCAGAUCAAUUGUUUGUGACAGCACCAGAAACUGCGGCGCCAUACAUUUUAAUGGCGAAUAUAUACUCAUUAAAAGGUAGAUGGAAGGAGAGAGCAGGGACCAUUAAGAAAAUGAAGGAAAUGGGGGUGGCAAAAGUAACAGGUACAAGUUGGAUUGAGAUUGAAAAGAAAGUCCACAGCUUUGUUGUUGAGGACAAGAUGCAUCCAGAAGCUGACACCAUAUAUUUCGUAUUGAAGGGAUUGUUUAGACUAAUGGUCGAUGAAGGUUAUGUGAUGGAUAAAAGGUUUAUUCUAUACUACUUGGAUCAGAAGGAAAAAGGUGAGCAAAUGCUUUAGCCUACUUGUAACUUGUUAGACAAAGAACUUUCAAUUGUAUUAAUUGUUAAACAGAAAUGCAGCUAUGUCUAUUGCACCUAAGAUGAGUUUGUGUUU